AUGCCGAUUUCAGGGCAGAAUCCUCUUCCGACCCAAAUCCGAGACUCAGCUCGGAAUGAUGUCACUCGAGCUCCAACCAACGCUUCAGUCACUUCAUCCCUGGCGCCGACGGAUUUCCGCCAUCGGCUAGAACAGAGGAGAGGAAGGAGAACUCCGAAGACAGAAAACACCCAAGAAAUUAUAGCAGAAAACAAUGACCCGUGGGAGAAACGAUUCGCAGAGCUCAACGACAAAUUCUUAACCCUGGAAAAGAAACAACAGUCGGCGUCAGUCCCUACCGCCGUUCAGUUCUCGAUCACGCUUACAGGUUCCGCUCGGAAUUGGUACCGGCAGCUCAAACCAAAUUCCAUCAGUUCCUUCGCGGAGUUGAGCCAACUAUUCCUUACCCAAUUCAUAAGUGGUAAGAGAAGUCGAAAGCCCAAUACCUAUCUAUUCGCUAUCAAACAAGAGUCGAAGGAGUCAUUGAAAGACUACAUCGCCCGUUUUAACGAGGAAGCACUGGUGAUAGAAGAUUACAAUGACAAAAUAGCGCUCGCUGUUAUGUUCAGCGGGCUAUGGGAAGGGAAAUUCACUUUCUCCAUUGGAAAGAACUCUCCGAAGACGCUGGCUGAACUAGUCGCUCGAGCUCAAAAAUACACCAACGUGGAAGAAUUCUCCAAUGCCCGUAAAAAUGUCCAAGUGUUAGAGAUAAAUGAUAAAGGGAAGAGGCCUAGAAAUGGGGAAGCCCAGCCGUCCAGUAAGGGGACCGACGACCGCGCCCCUCGCGAUAGUCGUCUGAAUAGAAGGCCGGAAGGAAAAUUCCGUUCCUACACCCCCCUUAACACGUCUGCUGAGCAGAUUCUAUUAGACAUCCGGGGAGAAAAACUGCUAAAUUGGCCUAUUUGUAUGAGGGCCAACCCGAAUCACCGAGACAAGCGUAAGUACUGUCGAUUCCACCAAGAUCAUGGUCAUAAUACGGCCGAUUGUGUGGAUCUCAAGGCUGAGAUUGAAGCCCUUAUUCGGAAGGGACACCUGCGUCGAUACACCAAAUAG